UACAGUGGAUUGUGAGAACACAGAGGACACUUACUCUCUCUUGUUUUUGUGGUUCUGUUGACAGACCGACAAGUGGGAGGAGGACAGUGAAGGUCAGAGGGUGCUCAGUUUGGGACGCGGCCGGUCAGACCCAGUUAGACAAACAAUGAAAGUGAAAUGGGAUGGGUCUGGGCUUAAACUGUCUGGCCGUGACUUGGCCCGAGCUGCUGGCGUAGGCACUUUUUCGUGCCCUGUGCAUCUCACAUUGGGAGUUAUCAGAGCGUGCAGGCAGGGAGAGUCAUAGCAGCAGCAGGCUAGCAGUAGUAGUAGCAGCUCGCUGGGGGCUGCAGGGGGUCCUGGAUCUGACCUGAUUUGUCAAUUCGAUGACUUCACUGAAGUGUCGCUCCUCUAGGGAAUUUUUGGCUCAUAAUUCAGCAAUCAUGGUUCAAGCGGGGGAUUCGCUGUUUGAUGUUUUGUUGAAAGAACAUUGAGGUGCAUAAUGGAUAUAUGGGGAGUGCAAUUUGACAUCAAAGCACAUCUGAGUAGGCUCUGAUUGUCCUGGACUGUCUCUUCAUGGCUUAUCCGGAGCACUUUGAUUGGUUGAAAGAGACCAUCAGUUUGUUUCCAGGUUUGCCAGGGUUUUCCAGCAUGUUUGGGAAAAAGAAGAAACGGCUGGAGAUCUCAGCUCCGUCUAACUUUGAGCACCGGGUCCACACGGGCUUCGACCCGCGGGAGCAGAAGUUCACCGGGCUGCCGCAGCAAUGGCAGAGCCUCCUGGCGGACACUGCCAACCGCCCCAAGCCCAUGGUGGACCCCUCCUACAUCACCCCCAUCCAGCUGGCACCAAUGAAGACCAUUGUCCGAGGGAACCGGCCACCCAAAGAUGCAUCCAUCAACGGCCUGCUGGAGGAGUUUGAUAACAUCUCAGUAACACGCUCCAACUCCCUGCGUAAAGAGAGCCCACCAGGUCCCCAUCAGGCUGGAAGCAGCUCCAAACCCUUGGGCAUUGGUCAUCCCAGCGCCCCAGAGGAGAAUGGAUUCAACCACUACUACUCCCGCUACUCCUGUGAUCUAGACACCUCCAGCAGGGACUUCUCUCUGGAUGCUGGCAAGCCAGGGUUCUCCAUAGAUGGGGACUGGGCUGUGGGCAGGCACUAUCGGUUCACCAAGCAGAAUGGCCACUCGCACCCCAUACGCAGCCCCUUCUACCCAGAUGCCAUGCCCCAAAAAUCUGACUACGGCAAACUGCCACCGGACUACCACACCUACCUGGAGAGCAAAGGCCGCUCUGCUGAUGAAGUGGCCUCCACCGUGGGGAGUGGGGUGGGUUCCAGUGGCUACUAUCGGGCGUCUGUGGGUGGCUCGUCCAGCCAAGACUACCGGGACACUUCAGUAGGCACACCGUCUCGUGCCUCGCUACACAGUGAACAGAUCAACUAUCCGGACAGUGAGUGGAGCUAUGGUGGCCUGCGGGACGAAUAUGAAAAGCGACCCAAGAGUUCUUAUGUGACGCAGACCAGCCCCACGCCGGCUAUCAGGCAGCGAUCUCGAUCAGGCUCUGGGCUGCAGGAGCCAAAUGUCCCCUAUGCAGCCAGCGGGGCUUUCAAGAACCCUCCACAGGCCCAUCCAUACAGCUCCUACACCUACCCUCGCCUCUCGGAGAGUCUCGCUAACUCACAGACCAUAGCUAAGGGUGACUAUGAGCGUUCAUCACGUGAUGGAAGUCCCCAGGUUAUGGGUGGUGACACCUACCCCCGAGGGCCUCUUAAGCUACCUCAGAGCCACACCAAGCCGCCUGGCUAUCCCCCAGCACACCUGCCCUACCCCCCUGUCUUUCACCAUUACAAACCCUCACCUUACCAUCAUCCCCCCUCCCAGCCAAGCCCCCCGUACACCCCUCAGGGGGCCUACUCACAGCCUUCAUCACCCUACAUCCCACCAGGGGCCUAUCCCCCUCCUUCCUGGGGGUCGAGCUCGGACACUCAACCCUCCAGAGUUUCCCAUGAGCAGUUCAGAGCUGCGCUUCAACUGGUGGUCAACCCAGGCGACCCUCGGGAAUACCUGGACAGCUUUAUCAAGAUAGGCGAGGGCUCCACAGGUAUCGUGUGCAUCGCCAGUGAGAAACACAGCGGCAAGCAGGUGGCUGUGAAGAAGAUGGACCUCAGGAAACAGCAGAGGAGAGAGCUGCUCUUUAAUGAGGUGGUGAUUAUGAGAGACUACCAUCAUGAGAACGUUGUGGACAUGUACAACAGUUACCUGGUGGGAGACGAGCUGUGGGUCGUCAUGGAGUUCCUGGAGGGUGGGGCACUCACUGACAUUGUGACUCACACCAGGAUGAACGAGGAGCAGAUCGCUACAGUGUGUUUGUCGGUGCUGAGGGCUCUGUCCUACCUGCACACACAGGGCGUCAUCCACCGCGACAUUAAGAGCGACUCUAUUCUCCUGACCAGCGAUGGCAGGAUCAAGCUAUCAGACUUCGGCUUUUGUGCUCAAGUUUCCAAAGAAGUGCCCAAGAGGAAGUCUCUCGUGGGCACGCCAUACUGGAUGGCGCCAGAGGUCAUCUCAAGACUACCUUAUGGGACUGAGGUGGAUAUCUGGUCUUUAGGCAUCAUGGUGAUUGAGAUGGUGGAUGGAGAGCCCCCUUACUUUAAUGAGCCCCCUCUGCAGGCCAUGAGGAGGAUACGAGACAACCUGCCUCCACGGCUAAAAGAGUCACACAAGGUGUCCUCUGUGCUGCGAUCCUUCCUGGACCUGAUGCUGGUGAGGGAGCCUUCUCAGAGAGCCACAGCCCAGGAACUCCUCCAGCACCCCUUCCUCAAGCUGUCAGGACUCCCUUCCUGCAUCGUCCCCCUCAUGAGACACUAUCGCCACCGCUGACCUGCUGGCCCAAACCUGCCCUCUUCUACACUAAAACAAAAAACCCACAUACAUAUUGUACACACACUACCAGGGUGAUACUGCCCUCACCCAGCCAAAACACUCCACUGCUCAACACACUCACACCUGUAACCGUGACGUAGAUUAGCUAGAGGAAUAUAAGAAAUACAUUAAAAAACACACACACAACACAGAAAAGAAGAAAAAAAAAUCGUCUAAUAUUUUGAAACUACGAACUGGAGUAGAAGAGCGCACUGUGCCAGAGGAACUCACUAGACGUCCAGUAGAAACGUGUGGGCUGGCUCGCCCUGCUGCAGUCUUCUCUCUUCCUUAGACUGUGAGUCUUCAGCUCCAUGUAGAGUUGUAGUAGCCAUCAGCAACAGUGUCAGAGGGUUGCAACGAGUUUAAGGGACCCUGAGGACCGGCGCUCUGCUCCAGACCAGACCAGAGCAGCAGAGGGCAGAACAAUCAGCUGUGUGCAGAAAGAGGGAGUUUUUUUUUUUCCUUUUUUUUUUUUUUUUUUUUUUUUUUUGACUGGUACUGACUGCAUCAUCAGUCCAUGUGAAGGACAGGCUGCUGCUCAGCUGGUCAAACGGAGACAAGCUCUCUUGUAUCUCUCUUCUCACGCACUAACAGUGAAAAUGUAUUUUAGAGAAACUUGUAAGUUUUUCUGUACAGUUUUGAUAAUUUGCAGUAUUUUAUCGUGUCGUAACCAUUGUGAUAUGAGCAGUAUUAAACAGAGUUUCUGCAGAGAUCUUUCCUACUGUUUAUAAUCCAGUUUUUGCUUAAAGAUAUAAGAGAUAUCCCAAAUAAACCCACCUAAACCUAACUGUUACUAAAAAUACUAAAUAUAUUUAUUAUCUUACAUUUGUAGACAGAACUUCCAUUAAAUGUUGGAAAAAGGGUAAUGUCAGAAUUUUGUAUGACGUUUUAAAGUAUUUAUUUAUUUAUUGGAAUUGAAGGUUUAUUUUUUGGUAGUGUGGCCUUUUUUUGUUUAUUUUGUUUAUUUAUUUUUUUGUUGGGUUUUGAUUUACAUUUCUAAAAGCGCAUCGGCAGACAGUGAUAUCAGUUGUUAUAUCAUCCAAGCAAUACCCCAAACCUAUUUAUGAAACCAUGAAUCCCUGUAUUUAUGAUACUGUAAUUACACCAUGCAUUUAAAUGUAGCACAGAUUGAGUGGUUUUGGCAAAAAAAAAAAAAAAAAAAGAUUUACUCCACGCAGACCUGUUUUCUUUUAUAUUAGGAGUCUCAUCCUGUUUCUCUAAAUGCUAAGAGGCGCCCAUCCAAGACGCCCGCCUACCGCACAGAUUCUAGGAUGCUGAUAAAAGGUCUCGUUUUUCUACUCACAUCCUCACUGUCAUCAUCUCACUCCUUAUCCCACCUCAGUCAGAGACACACUCGCUAUCACUGGAAACUGUGCUGCCAUUCUCAUCUCUGGUUGGACCGGGAGAACAGUGUAAUCCUCCUCCCUGCAUCGUUUUUACCCAUCAUUCACUGUGAUAUGUAAAUAUGACUGUAUGUGAGUCUGUGUGUGUGUGUGUUUGCGUUGCGAGUGUGUGUCCGUGUAUGUCAAAGAGCAAAAGAGGUAGAGCGUGUUUAUCUCUGUACAACAUCUGAAAGCGUGUGCGCGUGUGUUUGUGUGUGUGCUGCAGGCUAAUCCUUGACUAUGUGUCAAGACUUGAAUGAGUAACACUUAUCUGUGGUGUUGGCUUGUACAGUGAUAUUGCAUGUUUGUUAUCAGUGAAGCUGGUUUCAAUUAAAAAACGCCCAUAAAAACAUU